UCUCAAUUAAUUGAAACACAUACAAUGUGUUUCAUUCAAACGUAAACAUCUUUUGGGUCAAUGUAGGUUAAUUCACAUAGUUUUAAUUAUAAAAGAAACUAAAGAUUUAAAUUCUGCAAUAGCAUCGUAAUAACAAAGGAGGACGAUGAGUUUUAGUCAGCGGAAAUUAGAGUCCGUGUUAAAGGAGAUUAACCGUGAGCUACAGGACGAGGGUGUUCUAACUGAACGACUUACUCAGGAUAUAUGGACUAAUCUCAUGUCAAACCUUCUUCAGGGUGAAUAUGUUCUGUCUCUACCCAUCCGACAAAACCUUCAAGACCAUAUACGCAAGCGGAGGCAGGAUAAAAUCUACACCUUUGCUAGAAUCAUUCAGCGAUUAGACGAGAUAUUAGAUAAAUAUAUACCGCCUCCAAACCUGGAAGACGGUUUCCCGAAGAAAGGCAAACAGGCCAAAGGAGUUUCAAAGGAAACACAGAGGGAUAAGAAAUAUAGUCCACCACAGGUUGCCAAGCAUGUCUCACAUACAGACAGGAACAUUGAAAGACCCGAAGAGCGGUCGACCAAUGUUAACGUCCAAACACAUUCAAAUCCAGGCGGUGAUACCAUUACACACACUGAAAGAAUAGAUCUAAAAUCUAGAGCACCAGAAGCGAGGACGCCAAACUUGCAAUCAAUGCGAUUGUCCAAGCAUGAGGUUGCCACUCAGAUUCGCCAGAACAGUUUUGCACCGGAGGUUGAUCGAGUUUCCAUGCACGACAUGUCCAUUGAAACAGACAAGGAGGAACAUUUUGAAGAAGACGACGUGUCACGUGAGGAGUAUUUGAAAAUGAAAGCAAACCAAAGCGUUCUCAAGAAAACUGUCGAGGAUCAGCAGACAAAAAUUAAACGUCUUGAAGAAAGCGUCAGUCAGCAGGAGAAGAAAAGGCUAGAGUUACUGGAUGAAAUAAAGUCACUGGGUGCAGAUAGGUCGGAUAAGAUUGAUGUGUACAGAAAGGCUGAAAUGGAAAUAAAGUUUCUUCGAAACGAGUUGCAAAUAAAAGAGAAAUCUCUUCAACUGAGUUUGAUUGAAAGAAACGAACUUCUCGACAGGUUAAGUGCUGUGGCAUCUUCUAAAAUGAAACACUCCAAUACAAUACCUCUGCUAGAGGAGUUAGAUGGAUUCACCAGACCUACACAAGUUGCUGACAAAUAUUCAAAGUUGUACGAGACGGAGUGGAUGGACGCACUGAAUAUUCUGACUCUUGAAAUGAAGGAGGAAAAGGCAAGCAUGAGCUGGCUCCUGGACAUUCUUCGGGAAAGCUACGCCUUUUGUUUGAUGACGAAUGAGGGCCAUGUCAAACUGAUGGUUGAAAAUUUGUGUUAUCCGUUUACAAGAACAUCAGAAAUCAGAGAAUCGGACAGAUUUUCAAUUGACGACUCUACGAGGCAGAUGAUUUUAGAACUUAAGAAAGCCAAAGCAAAUGAAUCAGUGGCCCAAGUACAGGUGCAAUUCAUCAAACACAUACAACGCUCCAAAAAAGAAUAUGGAAAAGAUAAGACAAUGAAAAAACUAACACCGUAUAUGGACAGAUGCUCCGAGCUUUGCUGGUACAUGGUCAACCAGAACCCUCCAGUCUGUCUGGAUGAGACAGUCAGACAGUCUGGGGAUGAGUUUGAAAGAGAAUCAUACAGGUUUUACAGCCACUCAGGGACCACACUUGACUAUAUCAUCUGGCCAGCCCUUUAUCUGGCAUCACAGGAAGGUUUCCUACUGGUGCGAGGAGUUGCACAGCCGAAGCAGGAAGGCGUAGCUUUGAGAAUAGCGUCAUCAAUGUCAUCGACUUCCAGAAUAUCAUACAAUACGUCAUGAGCGAUGUAUUUAGUUGAUCCUAUCAGUUUAGAUAUGAACUCUGAUCGUCGUUAUCGGGGUGUGCUUCCGGUAUAGAUGUGCGAUCCUUUUUUAGCUUUUCGAUUGUUCUGUUAAAAAAAUAAAAUUCAUUUUAAAUAAAGUGCGUCUGAGCUAUUAAUAUUUUGAUGAACAGGAAAAUGCUGAUAAGAAUUUCUGAUGUUUAGAUUAGAAACCGUAUGACGUACCAUUGAAGAUGAAUAGAACAGUUAUCAUUUGAAAUUGAACUAAAUAUGUGAAAAUUAUGAAUUUGAAAUUAUAUGUACACUUAGUGACAAUUAUGAUAUCAUUCUUGAAAUAUAACUACAAAUAAAAAUAACA